ACGGCGUUGCGUGGUUCAAUCCCCAGAGUUGCCGUAGAAACAUCCCGAACUCUUUAACCGGAGCUUAUCAUGAGCUUAUCAAGCCAUGACUAUUUCCGCGGGUUCUCUUCUGAUCGGUUGUUCGCAUGCUAAACACGAGCUAACGCUAGCGGCUAACAAGUUGAAGGUUAAGUGACGACUUCCAACUUAAAAAAAGAAGAGUGAUCGUCGUAGCUGUCUGGCUGGAGAGAGCUGCUCUCCGGCAUGUCCAGCGUGAAGCCGCCCCCUAGGAACCCCCCGCCCCCCGCGGUGCAGCACCCCCGGGGCCCGGGCCCCGGCAGCGGCGAGCUGCAGUAUCUGGAGCGGGUGGUCCUACGGACCCUCUGCCGGCACCAGUUCUCCUGGCCCUUCUGCGAGCCCGUCGACGCCGCCGCACUCAACCUCCCCGAUUACUACACCAUCAUCAGCAGCCCCAUGGACCUGCGCACCAUCAGGCAGCGGCUGCAGAACCAGUACUACUGGAACACCAUGGAGUGUGUGCAGGACUUCAACGCUGUGUUCAACAACUGCUACAUGUACAACAAGCCCGGAGAUGACAUUGUGCUGAUGGCCCAGACCCUGGAGAAGGUCUUCCUCGAGAAACUGGCCCUGAUGCCCCAUGAAGAGGAGGUAGAGGUGGAGAAGGAGAAGAAGCAGGGCUCCGGUAGAACUCCUGGUAGACCUCCUGGUAGAGCAAGGAAGAGGAGCAGCACAGGAGCCCUGAAGCGCCGCGUCCCGGAGUCUGAGGUGGUCGUCCAGCAGACGCUGACCGUGAUCCCGCCGGGCUCCGUGCCCCGCCCCCUCCCGCCGGCCGCGCCCCGCCCCCUCCCGAAGGCCACACCCCACCCCCUCCCGCCGGCCACGCCCCGCCCCCUCCCGCCGACCGCGCUGCCCAAACACGCUCAGUCCGCGAGUAAAGCCCUCCAGGACAGGAAGGGCGUCAAGAGGAAAGCCGACACCACCACCGUCGCCCCCCCGCGCCUGACCGUCGCCCCUCCGUGCCUGACCGUCGCCCCCGGCAACCCGUCGUCGCGUGGGAGGACGGCGUCCCCUCCGACCUCGACGACGGCCCCGGGCUGCGGCGGCGGAACUCCGCCGGGGCGCGGGGGCGGGGCCAAGAGGCCCAUCAGGCCGCCCAGCAGGGAGGUCCCGGACUGGACGGCGGGGGGGCGGCGGGCCCGGCUGCCGUCGCCGCUGCGGUGCUGCGGCGAGCUGCUGAAGGAGCUGAUGUCCCGCCGCCACGCCGCCUACGCCUGGCCCUUCUACACGCCCGUGGACGUGGACGCCCUUGGCCUCCACGACUACCACCGCAUCGUCACGCAGCCCAUGGACCUCGGCACCAUCAAGAAGAAGAUGGCCAGCCGGGAGUACAGCGCCCCCAAGCAGUUUGCUGCCGACUUGCGCCUCAUGUUCUCCAACUGCUACAAGUACAACCCCCCCGCCCACGAGGUGGUGCAGAUGGCCCGCAGGCUGCAGGACGUGUUUGAGGCGCAGUUCUCAAAGAUGCCCAAGGAGGAGAGCAUGCUGCCCUCCGACCAGGCCGUCAUCAAGGACAACGGAGGAGGAGGAGGAGGAGGAGGAGGAGACUGCAAGGUGGAGCACGUCUCCAGCAGCAGCUCCUCCUCCUCCUCCUCCUCUUCAUCGUCACAGAGCUCAGAGGAUGAAGAGGAAGAAGAGAAGGAGGCGGUGAUGGUCCCCAGUCUGGCCAUCCUGGAGGAACAGCUGAAGGCCAUGAGAGACCAGCUGCAGCUCUUCGCCCAGACGCCCCUGAAGACCAAGAAGACGUCGACACGCGAGAAGGAGAAGGAGAAGAACAAGUCCUCCAGGACCAAGGUCAAAGUUCAGAGGAGCAGCGGUGCCAAGGGGUCCGGUCUGCGUGGCAACCAACCGCAGCGCCUGGCCCCAGGGGAGGAGGCGGUCCCCGUGGCGACGGUGCCCUAUGAGGAGAAGCGGCAGCUGAGCCUGGACAUCAACCGGCUGCCGGGGCAGCGGCUGGGCCGGCUGGUGGACCUCGUCCGGCGCCACGAGCCGCACCUGAGGGCCUGUGGCCGGCGGGAGAUCGAGAUCGACAUCGAGACGCUGGCGCCCGCCACGCUGCGCACGCUGCAGGCCUUUGUCGCCCGCUGCCUCCGCAAGCACGACGCCAAGACCGCCGCUCCCACCAGGCCGGUGAAGCCCGAGGGCCCCACGCCGCCGCCGGCGGUGCCCCACACCGCGCCAGAGGAGCAGCGCUCGGCCACCAAGAAGAAGAGGAAGCGGACAGAUCCUCUGGAACUCAGCCAGUCGGCCCGGUUCUCUGGGAGCAGCAACGCCACCUGCUUCUCCUCCUCUUCCUCCUCCUCCUCUUCCUCCAGCAGCUGUGGCUCCAGCUCCUCUUUGGAGGGAACUGACACAGAAUCAGUGCCAAAACCCAAGCAGCGGAGCGCUAAAGGCAGCUCCCGGAAGGCGCAGAAGAAGGCCUCGCUGAAGGUGGCUGCUCCGAGGAAGACGCCCUCCGGGACCAGAGACCUCCUGAAGGCCUCCCUGAAGAGCUACCGCUCUGUCCUGCGACGCCCGCCCACGCAGCCAAUGAGAACCCAGUCUAUCAGAGCUCACCCCAAGCAGCCAAUCAGAGCUCAGCCAAUCAGAGCUCACCCCCUGCAGCCAAUCAGAGCUCACCCCCUGCAGCCAAUCGGAAGCCUGUCUUCUGAGCCAAUCGGAAGCCUGUCUUCUGAGCCAAUCGGAAGCCAGCCACCUCGGCCAAUCGGAAGCCUGUCUUUGAUGCCAUUGGGAAGCACGGGUGCUCAUCCCAAAAUAAGUCAGUCUUAUGAGCACCUGUCCCUCUCUCCAGACCUGUCUGCGCUCCUGUCCCCCCUGGCGUCCCCGGCUCUGGGUCUGGACCCCGUCUCUCCCCGACCAGAGGCAUCCCAAUGUUUACCCUCUGCUGCCAGUCAAAUGUGUGGCUCAGAGGGCUCACCGCUGCUGUCGUACGUAUGUGUGCAGCCCAAUGUUUCCAGAGAAACGUACUUCCUGGAAAACGGGGUGUGUUCCAUUACCGUGUUGUGGGUUCUAACCGUCCUGCCGUUGUGUCCUCAGCCCCCUCCUCUGCUGUCCCCGCUCCAGGACAGCCCCCCCCCCAUGGCACGCCUCAGGCAGGCCGACUCCAGACGCGACUCGGGGUCCGACGGCGUGCCCCCUGGCUCCUCCCCCCCGGGCGGGAAGCCCCGCCCAGCCAGAAAGGAGGCGGUGCUGAAGAACGUGGAGCUGUGGGCCGCUCUGGUGCGGCGGGCGGCGGGGCCCGGGCCGGGGGCCCCCGGCGCCCGGUCCUCCAGGGACAGCUUCCAGAAGUUCAGGAGGGCGGCGCUGCAGAAGGAGGAGCGGGAGAAGGCCCUCAGGCCGCCGGAGUCGCCCGUGUCUCCUUUCUCGCUGGACUCCAUCUUGGACCCUCCCAAACUGUCGGACUCAGCUGUGAUGGAGUCUCCAGCACCGACGGCAACGCAGCAGGUGGCGGCCGCGGCUCAUCUGGACCAGGAGCGGGAGAUGGCUCGCAGGAAGGAGCAGGAGAGACGCAGACGACAGGCGAUCAUCGACAUGACGAUGCAGAGCGACAUCAUGUCAACUUUCGAGAAGAACCUGGAUUAAAGCGAGCGUUAAACUUCACAUUAAAGAGUUGUGUUCUCUCUGAGUGGAUUUCUAGGAGGAACCUUUCAUCUCAGUUGGCUUUACGCCAAGAGGAGUCCGGAUGAAAGUUUAUAAGGUUUCUCGUCAGCGUGACGGUUCUGAUGUCCGCUGGCCUGUGAUUGGACGGCCAUGCGUCCUGCCCCCGGCCCUCAGUUUGUUUCCUGGUUUGUUGUGACCUUGGUCCCUGUGUGACUCACGAUUUGUUCUGUUGAAAGGCUAAACAGAGGAGGGCGAGCAGAAAUGUGCGCUAUCAUUUACUGUCCUCAAAUCUUGUUUUUGUAAAGAAAAAAAUAAGACUAUCCGAGAGCCUAUUUUUGUUGUAUUAAGAGUCCUUUUGUUCGUCUAACAAGGUUUAGUUCUUGUAAAGAAUUGAAAAGCUGUAAAUUAAAUAUACCUAUGUUGAUCAACAUUUCCUAAA